ACGAGCGCUGUCAGAUCAAGCACCAGGCCAUCCUGCAAUGGGUUCAGAACCUUUUUCCUCCUCUGCUCGGCCAACAUGCGCAGCCAAUAGAAAUGCUUCUGCCUGACCUGCUGUCCAUCCAAGCUUGCGUGGCUUUCUUCGGUCUUUCGAGACUUCCAUCAACGCCCCAGCCUCCAGAUUGCGCGGCACACCCAAUGGAUCGGUCUGGAGAUGGCGAGAUGGUCGGUCGCGACAUCAGGAGAACGACGAGAAAUUGGCAGCGUGAGGCGUGUCUGGCACCAAAUUUGGAUCUCUCCGUACUCGGCCGUUGAUAACUCGCCUAUGCUGGUGACGCUCAUCACGCCGGGGCUGUUGUGCACACGACACCAAACACCUCUAGAACCGUUUCACCAUGCAUAUGUCACAGAGAGAGGGCUCUAAAGUCAGCUGAGUGGAGUGGCAUGCUUGACGUUGGUAAUGUUCAAAUAGGCACCAGUUUGACAAUGCAAAUCCUUCAGCUUCUUUCGCCCUCCCCAGAACAAACAUUCCAUUGACCUUGACUGCGAGAAACAUUCACUUCGACCAUCUAAACGACGUCUUCAGAGAUCGUGCUUCGAAACAGCGCUGGAAAGGGCAACCCAUCCAGCACAGUAUGGCCUCCUUUUCAGACGAACCAACACCAAAUUCCAACACUUUACACGCACACGCACAUUCACAAACCCUCAAUAACGCGGCCAAGAUGAAAGCAUCGCGCAAGAAGCCAGCGGCGAAGGUGCCUCAGGCCAAAUCUCUUCUCUCCGAAGAUCUGGGUGGGGGAUUGGCGCAAAUACUCAUGACCCAGGCUAGGGACAUUGACUCCAUGAACAUCAUCCAGCGUCUGCAGUUCCUCAAGGGGGAAGCCUUGCUGGGACCAAGGUUCAUCGACUUCAACCAAAGCAGCACGACUGUCGUGACGACUUCGAUCUCUUCCCGAGGCAUCCUUUCGCCAGCCCAUGAUGGAUUUGAACACCAGCAAUGCAUAUCGACCUCGAUGACUCUGAGCUUCAAUUCCUCUAGUACAAGCCUGAACCACAUUCCCACGUAUCCGAAAAGAAAGAACAACGACAUCCACACAUUUACGCUCGACGACUUUACGGCUAUUUCGGCACUGGGCUCCCUGGUCGAGCGCUUCGGCAAAGUCUCCCACAUGGGGAUCCUAGACCCUAGCUACCGGUUUUUCAUGACCAAAGACCGUCAAGCAGCGCUUUAUUACAAGGUCAGGAACAAUGUCGCGGUCGUAGGAGGCGAUCCUCUGUGCGAACCCGUCGAGUACGACCGUCUCCUGGAGGAAUUUCGACGCCUACGAAAGCGGCGGCGCUGGGGUAUGGUCUUUCUGGGCGCGACGGACGAAUUCGCGUCAUUCGCGAGCAAGCAGAAAUGGGUGACUAUGCGCUUUGGCACCGAACGAGUCCUCAAUCCCCUCAACAACCCCGUGCUGCAGGAGAAGGAGCAGAGAAGGAUGGUGACGCAGAACAGACAGCUCCUCGACCCUGAAAAGGGUGGUGUCACGGUCCAUGCAUAUGCCCCCGCUCAAGGGCGUGACGAGGCCCUGGAACGGGAACUGCGCCAGGUCUACGACCUGUGGCGGGAGUCUCGCAACCAGUCCGGCCAGCCACAGGCAUACAUGACGGUUUUCGACCCCUUCGCCAUCCCGAUGCUCAUGACAUACCUCUACACGACGGAUCGGCAAGGCCAGUGCAACGGAUUCGCCGCCUUGAGAAAGAUCGGAGCCAACAAAGGAUACCACAUCGACCCAUACUGCGCUACCCCGACGGCACCGAAGGGCAUCACCGAUCUGCUCGUCUUCUCGGCGAUGUCCCUCCUCCAGCAGGCCGGCAUCGGGUACCUCAGCUUCGGGUUCGAGCCGGCCUCCCAGCUCGACGAGGUCACGGGCCUCUCGCGGCCCACGACCGCGCUGACCAAAUCCUGCUACCGCCGCGCGUUCCGCCACCUCCCCAUCGGCGGGAAAAAGGCCUACCACGACAAAUUCCGCCCGGACCCGGCCCUGGACUCGGGCCUGCACAUCAUCUACCCGAGCGGCGCCCCGAGCCUGCAGGACGCCCUGGCCACGCUGCACUUCGCCAACGUCGAGGUGCGCGAGCUUCUGAAGCGCGAGAUCUUCAGCGGCUGUGGCUGGAAGACCAAGCAGCAGGCGACCGAACAGAAGAAGGGAGGAGAGACCAAGCAGACCACGAUGACCCCUUGACCCGCUUGGAGCACAACAACAUCCUUCAGCCUCCUUCGCGGGUGCAGACAUCGGCAUACAUGUUCAGACUAUUGGCAUUUCCUCGAGGGUAAGGUAAGGCAAGCAUCUCAAGCGCGUCUGCGGCACUCGAUCUCAUCGUCGGGUCGGGCCAGGAGGGGAGGGCCAUGAGGGAGAGUCAACGCGGUCUCUUUUCUGCUUCAUGCCUUCGUUAUUAUUCGACAUCCCCGCACGGGCUCAAAAGUGAAUAUGCAGGACUUCUGGUAAUGGCCAUGCCCGUGACGGGCAUUACUGGUAGGGAGUUAGCUCCCUUUUGGUCUUCUGCUGUAUCUUGUACUCCCAUAGCUCGGCGUCUCGGUCGUCUAGGUAGUUAUAGUUUGUAGAAAAGGGAGGAGAGGACUUCCGCUGGGAAUCAUAAUCACUUUCGCCUUGAGAA